CUUCAUUUCUCUUCCAUAUUAUCUCUUCUUUCUUGAUAAUCAAUCUCUCAUGUUGUCGUCUAUUUUGUCAGACUACCAAAGAAGAAUAAGAAGAAUAAGAAGAACAAGGGUGGUGGGUUAUUAUAAUUCUUCAAGAUUGUAGACAAGUUUUGAAUAUUUCUUGAUUGUGAAAGAUGAGGAUUGUCAAAUCCAUUGAUUCUUCUCAAAGCCCUAGUCUUUGUGGAUUCUUGGUCGUUGAAGCUUAUCCCAAAAGGUAUUCAUCCAAGAUCCCCUCAGAUUUGGUCCUUUUUCUAGGCCUUGGAUUCAUAGAUUGGUAGAAUUUGGUUUAGUGGGUUUUAUUCAUCUGGAUUUUAGGUUAUUUGGGUUUGAGUCAGUUCAGUCAUACAUACAUUGUCUCUUCUUUAACCCCUUCUUAUAGGAAAUCCAUCCACAUCUUUCUCUAUGUCAGAGAUUCGAGAGAUUCUUACAACUUUUCUUCUAAUGUUCUCCCUGUAAUUCCUGGGUUUUUUUGAAAAAUGGAAACAUCUGAUUCUUAAUCUUUAAGAGGGUUCAGAUUUCCCUCGUAUUUAAUUGACUUUUUCUUCUUUUUUUUUUCCUUUUUACAUAUGUAUGAGUGUCUGUUCUGUGGGGCUUUAAUGGAGAUGGUGUAGACAAACUCCCUCCCUUUGAAUUGAAAUAUGGUUGAUUCUCGUUUGAAAGUUCUGUCAAUGGAAAAUCAUCAUCCUUCCACCCUAUUAUCAAUGGAUUCAAGUGCUUCCUCAUCGCACGAUGAGUUAGAUCUCGAGAUGAAUAAUCGACAGAGUCCUCUUACCCGACCUCCCGACAUCAACCUACCCUUGUCGGUUUAUGAAACAGAGAGUUUCCUAAUUGCUCCAAAAGCUGGAAAGAAAUGUGCGAAACGGUUUGAUAGCAUCUGGGGAGCUUGGUUCUUCUUUACCUUCUAUUUCAGACCUGUUUUGAAUGAGAAAUCCAAGACGAAGGUCAUAAGAGACAGCAAUGGAGUCUCUGGUUUCGAAAAAUCUGAUCUUCAGCUCGAUAUUUUCAUGGUUCAACACGAUAUGGAGAAUAUGUACAUGUGGGUUUUCAAGGAAAGACCUGAAAAUGCCCUUGGAAAGAUGCAGCUUAGGAGUUACAUGAAUGGGCAUUCUCGUCAAGGAGAACGCCCUUUCCCGUUUAGCGUCGAACGAGGGUUCGUUCGGUCGCACAGAAUGCAGAGGAAGCAUUACAGAGGCCUCUCGAAUCCUCAAUGUGUUCAUGGAAUCGAAAUCGUCCAAUCUCCCAAUCUCGUUUGUCUUGGAGAUGAUGAUCGUAAGAGAUGGGCGGAACUGACUGGCCGUGAUUUGAAUUUUUCUAUUCCUUCUGAAGCCAUCGAUUUUUCGUUGUGGAGAAAUUUACCCAUUCCCGAGUUUGAACUUGAAAGGCCGAUCGCUAACACGGAUUCGAAGAAAACGAUGGACUUAUCGCCCGUCAGCAAACGUAGGAAGGAUUUCGACGAAUGUUUUCUUUCGGUUAUUCCUCCUCCGAUCGAUCAGACUGAAAAACCGAACUGGUUGAGUGAUUUCAGCGGGGUGAUGAGAAACGUUUAUGGGCCAGUUACGGCUGCAAAAACUAUAUACGAAGACGAGAGUUCUUAUUUGAUUAUGAUUAGCCUCCCUCUCGUGGAUCUUCAAAGGGUGAAAGUUUCGUGGAGGAAUACCAUAACUAACGGGAUAAUUAAGGUUUCGUGUUCGAGUAUGUCUCGUUUGCCUUACGUCAAGAGACGCGAUAGGACUUUCAAGCUUGCGGAUACUUCGUCGGAGCAUUGCCCGCCCGGCGAGUUUGUUAGAGAGAUUUCUCUUUCGACGAGGAUUCCUGAAGAUGCUAAUAUCGAAGCUUAUUAUGACGGACCGGGGACUGUAUUGGAGAUAAUGGUGCCGAAGCUUCGAGUUGGGCCCGAGGAACACGAGGUUCGUGUUUGUCGUCGCCCACAUCAUGGGAACGAUGGCGAUCUUAUGUUGACUUGAAAUUAAGUAGAUGUUUGUUUGGGGGUGGUUGGUUAUGUUUUUUUUUUUUCUUAUGUUGUUUAAUUUCUACUAACUUUGUGUUUGUAGUAGUGCAUGUUUUAUGUCA